GAUGAAACGUCUACAGUGAAACUUGACGGCCGGGAGACGAGUAAAAGAACGACUAGAUAACCGUAUCGAGCAUCGGCAAUCCUUAUCCGAUCCGAGACCGUCAAUUUUGAUCCAAUAAUUGUGUACCCAGACACCCGAUCUCUAGAUGGGUCGGAUCAACAUCACCCGCACUCGAUCUCCAUCCGUCCACACACCGUUAUACCAGAAAUUGAAGGUGCUAAAACCUCUUCGUCUCUGCGUCACCCCUUCCACCGUCACCGGAGGUUGCCUCUCCGCCACCAGCUCCUUCGACUGCGAGCAAGGAGAAACAACCGUCAAGCCUUUAGAAGGAGGGCCAGGGAGGAAAAUUACUCAGGAAGAAGAUGAGCCUGUCAAAAAUACUGCAACAGUACUGUACAUCGGUCACAUUCCUCAUGGGUUUUACGAAGAACAAAUGGAAGGAUUUUUCAAGCAAUUUGGAAAAAUCAAGCAUUUGAGGAUUGCUUGUAACAGGAAGGAAAAUCUAAGCAUUAUGGAUUCAUUGAAUUUGAAAACCCAGAGGUUGCCAAAGUUGUGGCUGAUGAGAUUCAUAAUUAUCUACUAUUUGAACACAACCUUCAGAUUCAUCUUAUCCCACCAGAGCGUGUUCAUCCGAAGUUGUAAGCCUCUAGAUGGAGAGGUGUAAAUUGGAGAUAUAAUCCAUUAAAUUGGACAAAAAUUGCCAGAAAGCAGCAUAACAAGGAGAGAUUAUGAAAGUAGUUAUUCACUGAUUUUCACCAAAACUCUAAUCCAAAUCUGAACUAAUCAGAAUGCCCUUUGGAUGGGAUCUGUCAAGAUCAUAUUAAUCAGCGGACAAAAGCUUUCAUUGUUUUUGUGAUUUUUUUUUUCCGGAUAUACCUUCAGGAAAGAACAGUUGAAGAACAUGAUUAAAGGGAUUCUUAAACGAGAUGAGAAGCGCCGGAAUAGAAUCAAGGCUGCUGGUGUUGAAUAUGAAUGCCCAGAUCUUGUCGGUCUCAUUCAGCAUGCUGCCAAGAAAAUUAAGUUUGACGAAGAGGACUAGAAAUUGAUUUGUGGGGAGGCAAUCCAUAUCAUCCUACCAGAGAAUGGUUUUAGAAAUAUUGGCCAUGUUUGGAAUUUGGCUAUGAACAUGUAGUUGUUGCUGCUUGCUAAUCUCAAAUUUUGGUCCUCAAGUGACAGAAGUGCUGCGAAGAAAUGCAACUGAAUUUUGGUCCUCACUCAGUCUUGAUGUCAUUUGUAAACCUGAGACAAUGCCUGUGUUACAGCUUUCAUCUGAACACAACAAUAUGUUUUAACUAUGACAUUAAGUAUAAAAGCAAAUCUUGCAGAUAA